AUCCGCAAAAAUUUCCGACAUUCUUUCUGUCGUGGAAUUCAAAAACGUGUUAAUUUUUUGUAAAUUCUGCCCUUUUUGGGGACUAUUGAUUGCCAUUUGCCACUGGUACCAUAAUUAUUAAGCAACCUAAUAUCUACCAUUUGACUGUUAGACUGAUUUAUUUGCAGUACAGACAAAAUGGAAGGAAAAGAGCGACAGACCCGUACAAGCACACACGCAUCGCUGCUGGAAGAAAGAAUGGGCUCCUUCCAGAUCUAUUUGCGAUGCGACAGCGUGGAUGUCUGGGAGAACAGCGGUCUCCUGCGAUAUGGACGCGUGGUGGACGUAGCGGAUAAUGGGCUCUUUAUCGACUUUCUCUGCCCCGAUCGCCGGUGCGAAUUGACGCCCUUUGACCGCAUCUUCAAGAUGUUCUCGCCGGCCUGUGCGACGGACUUGGAUCUGGGUAAAGUAGGUGAGCGCUGCCCGGUGGAGGUGCUGCUGCGUCCCAGCCCCGCGCUCCCUGGACUUGGACCCUGCCGAAUUGUUUCUAAAGAUGCGGGAAACGGUCCAUCCGCAAAAAUUUCCGACAUUCCUUUCUGUGUGGAAUUCAAAACGUGUUAA